AUGGCUGGGCAAGGCCACCAGUUUCCUGGUAAUUUCCAAGCCAAUCCUGGCGCAAUGAGGUCCGGCUUUGGCACUGGACCUAUGGGAGCUCAAAUGCAAGGAAUGCCGAAUCAGCUUGGAGGAGUCAUGGGUGGUCCGAUGGCAAAUACAGGUGGAAUGGUGGGAAUGGGAAAUCAAAUGGUCACACCAUAUGGUGCAGCUAUGCAAAAUCAAAUGGGCAACAUGGGUAUGGGCUCUCAGAGCAUGGGUGUGGGUGUUGGUGGUGCACCUGGUGGUGGUUUAGGACCACAAGCUGUACAGCAACCAGGUGGUAUGCAGCCGACUGGUACGGUGGCAGCGGCAGUGCCGGCUGCGCCUGCUGCCCCCCCGCCACAGAACAAGGAGUUCAACACCGCCUCUCUCUGCAAAUUUGGUCAAGAAACAGUACAAGAUAUCGUCAGUAGAACACAAGACGUUUUUCAGACUUUAAAGGCUAUUCAACCGCCCAACGGUACACAGCACGGCGAAAACGCCAGUAAUGACAAGAAAGCUAAAAUGCAAGAACAACUCCGCACGAUCCGCUUACUGUUCAAACGGCUGAGGCUCAUCUACGAGAAGUGUAACGAAACUUGCCAGGGUAUGGAGUACACACAUAUGGAGAGCCUCAUUCCUCUGAAAGAUGAAGCGGAGAACAAGACAUUAGACGAGAGACGGAAUACAGAAUCUUACAGACUUGCUCUCGAGGAAAACAGAGAACUCACAGAACAGGUGGUGUUAAAAAAUAAACAGUUGAAGGAAGUGAUAACUAAUCUAAGAACUAUUAUUUGGGAAAUCAACGUAAUGUUAACUAUGAGGCGGUCUUAG